GGUCCGUCAGUUGCACAGCUGAUACCGAAGUGACGUCAGUAAAACAAAGCCAUGCGCGGUCGAUCGCAGCCGCGAGGUAAACCGAACCGACCGAGCCGUCUUGCGAACAAACAUUGGGCGUCCGCGAAACAGUGAGGUGCAUUUUAGCAAGAUUUCUCGAGCGAGGGUACAGUUUGCGUGCGCGAGUACGGUCGACUCGCGUCUUCCUCGCAAACGAUGCCGUUUAUAUCAAAGGAUUGGCGCAGUCCUGGCGAGGAAUGGGUCAAGACCGUGGAGGGCUGGGAAAAGAAGAAAAUCCUCGAGUGUGCGAACAAUAAAACGCUUUCUCUCCUCCUUCGCGGCGAUAAGGACGCGCUCGACAAGAAGGAAAAGGACAAAAAGAAAGAAAACGUCGUCCAGCCGCAUUGCCACAUCACGCUGAAGUGCACGCGCGAGAUCGCGGGUUUCAACGGGCUGAGCGACGCGCUGAAGAGGCUCGAUUUUCUAUCCGCGGUCCACGAUUGCCGACGUUUCAAUUAUAUCGUGCGACUGCUGGACCUUCUGGUCAGUCAUCGAAUGGGCGGACUAAGCGGUUGCGCUCAGCGAGUCCUCUUCAACAUGCUGGAAGAAGUCGCGUUGGAAGUUUCGUUGUCCCAGCAACAAACCGGUAGGCUUCGUCGUCUGAUCGAAAGAGUCCGAGCUUUCAGCGCUGGCUGUUGUUGGGGUGGCAGAGCCUUGGGCUCCGUAAUUUUGUGGGAGAAGCAUAAAGCAGCUCUGGAGAGAAUCUUGCAAAUUGCCUCGUCCAUCACUAUAACUCAGCCGGACGAAGAACAACGACCACAAUGGUCGGAUUUACCCGCCGAAUGCCGUCGGGAGGUGCUUCUACGGCUGAGCGAUCCCCGGGAUAUCGAAGCUUCCUCGGAGGCCUGCGAACAUCUCGCCAUCUUGGCUCAAGAACAAAGAAUCUGGCGCGAGCUUGCCCAGUAUCAUUUCACUCAUCAGCAAAUAGCCACCACCAGACAAAACAAUCCUGGAAAAGACUGGAAGACUAUAUUCACUAUUGCUCGAAGAUCCUUCGGAUUGCGAGAAGAGUACGCGGAGAUGAUCCAGUUGUGCCGCAAUUGCCGUUGCUUGUUUUGGCGAUCGUUGGGUCAUCCCUGUAUCGCCGACCAGGAUCCAGCGUUUCAGGAAAAACUGGCGGACGUUGAUCAAGCCUCCCUUCACGUUCCAAUUCCUCCGCAAACCUUCCUAAAAUUCUUUUCGCUGUAAACGACACGCGCGAGCAAUAGCGUGCAAAACGAGAAGAAACCAGAGGGUACGCGUGAAAAGCGCAAGCAAAUGAAAACGAAACGGGAGAUCGACCGCUCUCUCGUAAAGAUAGAGAGUCUCCAUACUUCGACUGUAAGUACGUAUACGCGGGCACGAGCACGCGCUGUUCAAGUAGCAAAGAGAUAGAGGCGUUUAAAAGGUGUUACUACUCGCUUAGGAAUACCAACGUUGUGGAAAAAAGAAUAUCUUUAACGCGGGUUACUGCAAAAGUGUAUAAUACACACACACACGAGCGUGUAUAGCCUGGGAACGAUUGAUAUUUUUCCGAGUGAUCCAAUUCCAGUAACUACGGGUAAAUCCAUUUAAUUCACUUUAAGAUCCUUACCGAAAAUUACGUUCUGCGAACGGUAAAUAAAUUGUAUUAUUCUCAUGUUGUUUGAACAUUACGACGCUAAGAGACACGGAGGCUUAACGUGUAACGAUGUGUAGAAAAUUGAAUUCAAAGUAUGUCGACGUGUUAUUGCCUGGGGAAUUUUACUUGCGUGGAAAGUAACAUUACGAACAUUCACGAGCGAUUUUUCCUUUCUCGAAUCGUUACUAUAGUUCCCUUCGUUGCGUUUCGUACGCAAAAAGAACGAACGUGAUUUGUACUCUCGCGUACACCGCGCGAUGAGAGUAUCGUUUACGAAAUUAAAUUAUUUUUCGUUGGAAGCUUUUCUUUCAACGUACGGGCUACGAGAUGAAUCCGUCUACUGAUGAGCCGACGAAAGUUAACGGGCGUCGAUUUUUCGUUAAAGCGAUCGCAAACUCUUCGUAGCUGUAGUUCUAUCGAUGGUGUAUAUGUGCGAAAAUGCGAUUGGUGCUGGUCGAAGAAUAUUUAUCGAAGCAUUUCUCAUGGUACACACUAUCCGCUUUGAAAACGCCUUCGUUCGCGGCGUUGUUCCGUCGCUGCUCCCGGCAGCUUGUUGUACCGACAUUUCAUUUCCAUUUAGGUGAAUUUAGUUUUUAGUCAUUGCAUUUAUUUCGCGCGAUCAUCGAAGCCACGCUUCUCGAGCAUUCAUCACGAUUACUUGUAUCAGUUUUUUUUAUACGUAUAUUCUGUGCGCAUGCGUUUUUGCGUGGAUGUUUGCAUUCUAUCUCCGCACACGGGACAGAGAUCGUAAAGAACCCAUUUUUUUUCAAAACGAUGCAUACGAGGCCCACGAAACCGAUCGAGUUCGUAGGGGAAAAAGAGAAACAGUGACGUCGACGGUCGAUUCUGACAAUUUAUCUUGUAUUCAACGAAGCCUUGUGCAAACUAAACUAAACCGCGUAUACUUCGUCGUGGCGCUUUGUAUGCUCGUUCGAGGGGUAAGAAGCUCGUGUUUACGAUGCUUGGUAUACGUUUCUUGUACGUACUCGUGUAGCUGUAAUGUCAGAUUUUUUAAGAUUUCAUAAAUACAUAGAGAUUGACAAUUAAUUUGAAACGCUGAAAAUCAUACUGCCAAAAUGGAUGCUAUUGCAUUUACACGAAUCGAAGCGUUUUUUUUUUUUUUUUUUGUAAAUUUCGUUUAAAUCGAAACAACACACCUAGUUCUUUUGAUAUUUGCUUUUUUUCUUAAGGGAGUCUUCUAGUAAUCCACGUCAAAAAAAUCAAUUUUUGUUCGCGUCUUUUUAAAGUUCGAAACUUUGAAAAUUUGUCUGCAAAGCCAUUUGACGGGAUUCAUAAAAAUAACGAAAUUAUUAUCGGGAGAUAUACCUUUAUAACCAGAACUAGAGAUAUUAAGAUCUGACGUGUUAUUCUAUUUCUUUUUUAAUCUCAAAGAUUUACAAAAUUGAGAUAUCGAAUUUUUUUUAAUUCGGGCUAUAGCUGUAUCCUUACUGAGCAGAAUAAAUUUUGAUUUCUUCGUUUCAGAUGAACAGAACAGUCGCUAUAAUGGCAGCCAUUUGAAACAGCUUAUGCAUGUCUUUAUCGAUCUCGUACAUUUUUUACUAUUUUAUACUAAAAAAAUUCGUGUGUAUCCUCGAAAUAUGAAUAACACGAGCAAGACACUCGUACUGAAAAGUCUUAUGGCUUUUUCGUAACAAAUUUACAAAGAAUGCCUAUUUUUCUGUUGACUUUACUAGAAGACCCUCUUAAUGGUAACGAUUGCGAUCGUUGGACAUGUAUACAGUACAUGUGUACUCCGCUGAUCCAAAGGAUUAGUAAAAAAAGGACGACCAAAAUGGCAUUUACGUGUACGCUCUUCGAUGUGAGAAUGGAAUACGAGCUACGCCGUGCAGGUGCAAAGUUUUAGCAGCUCGUUGUACGUUUUACGAUUUAACGCACCGACCUGUGUAAGCUGCGCUCUUCGGGUGACCUU